AUGGAGGGAGAAACAUAUGGAAGCAUUAGCAAAAUUGACGAGAGCGAGAUAUUGCCCUACAUAAACAUAGAGUUUUUACACGGGAAACGAACUGAGGAGGGGAUUUUUAAAGUGGUGAUUGUGCGAAGAAUAACCCGGACAAAGUAUCUUGCCAAAGACGUCUCUGGAAAUGGGAUACUGAAUCUAGAGCGCAUCCCGAGCGAAGUGUCUGCCAGGUUGAUAAAAAAGAACAGGGUGGAAGAAACACCGCGUCUUCUGGUUGUAGGGAGGCUUCUGUCGGAAGAAAAGCAGGAGUGCCCGGUUCUACUCGCAGAGACUGUCUGUGCGUUCUCGUACGAACAAGCACUAGAAUUGCUCUCAUCAGAAUGA